GUGCUUCCAAAUUAGCACCACCUCUAACCAUAAGGACCCUACCAGCACCAGGAUUAAAGGAACUUCGCAGAUCUACUGAACCCAGUGAAAGUACCAAAUCUACCCUAAGCGGUCCUUGGUUGUACAUAUUGCUAGCAGCAGGUUCUACUUUGAUUGUAGCAGCGGCACUGGGUCUCAUCAUAUUUGUCGUCAAACGAUUUAAAGUUGAAACCCCUGUUAGAAACCACCCCCAAAUUUGCAGUCCCAAGCAGGAAGAAACCCCUUUAAAUCCCUUGGUUCAGCCCAUUAUGACAGACGCAUUGACAGAGGACGAUAACAAUCCAGAUUUAAUACCACCCACAUAUGGUAUGUAA